CAGAGUGGGAAACACCUUGAAAAAAUCUCUCAUUGCAGAUUUGAAAAGAAAUACUGAGCGUUGUAGUAAAUGUGGGAGCAUUGGAAUAAAUUUGGGAGCAUUGGAAUAAAUUUGGGAGCAUUGUAGUAAAUAUGGGAGCAUUGUAAGAAAUAGGGGAGUAUUAUUAUAAAUAGGGGAGCAUUGUUGUAAAUAGGGGAGCAUUGGAAGAAAUAUGGGAGCACUGUAGUAAAUAUGGGAAUAUUGCAGUAAAUAUGGGAGCAUUGAUAUAAGUAGGGGAGCAUUUUAGUUAAUAGGGGAGCACUUUAAGAAAUAUUGGGAGCAUUGGAAUAAAUAUGGGAGCAUUGUAGUAAAUAUGUAGUAAAUAUGUAGUAUUAUGGGAGUAGUGAAUAUGGGAGUAUUGAAAUAAAUAUUGGGAGCAUUGUAAUAAAUAUGGGGGCAUUUUAGUAAAUAUGGGAGUAUUGUUAUAAAUAUGGGAGCAUUAUAAUAAACAGGGGAGCAUUGUAGUAAAUAGGGGAGCAUUGUAAGAAAUUGGGAGCAUUGUUAUAAAUGUGGGAGCAUUGUUAUAAAUGUAGGAGCAUUGUUAUAAAUGUAGGAGCAUUGUUAUAAAUGUGGGAGUAUUGGAGUAAAUAUGGGAGUAUUGUAAUAAAUAUGGGAGCACUGGAAUAAAUAGGGAAGCAUUAUAGUAAAUAUGGGAGCAUUGAAAUAAAUAUGGGAGUAUUGUUAUAAAUAGGGGAGCAUUGUAAUAAAAAGGGAAGCAGUGUAAUAAAUGUGGGAGCAUUGUAGUAAAUAGGGGAGCAUUGGAAUAAAUAGGGGGGGAGCAUUGGAAUAAAUAGGGGAGUAUUGGAGUAAAUAUGGGAGCAUUGAGAUAAAUAUGGGAGUAGUGUUAUGAAUAGGGGAGCACUGUAAUAAAUCUGGGAGCAUUGUAAGAAAUGUGGGAGCACUGUAAUAAAUAUGGGAGCACUGUAAUAAAUGUGGGAGCACUGUAAGAAAUAGGGGAGCGUUGUCAAAGGGGAUCGAGCAGUGGGGCAGAGCCUGUAAAAACUUGAUGCUUCACAGCCUUCAAGGCCUUUCUAGUGUGGGUGAGGGUGCUGGAAGUGCCCCACUAAUUGUUUGUUUUGUUUCUUUGAAGCAAAUGGUUAUGAGCCUUCGAGUUUCGGAGCUGCAGGUGCUGCUGGGCUACGCGGGGAGGAACAAGCACGGCCGCAAACACGAACUGCUGACCAAAGCCCUGCACCUGCUCAAGGCUGGCUGCAGCCCUGCUGUCCAGAUGAAAAUCAAAGAACUCUAUAGGAGAAGGUUCCCCCAGAAAAUCAUGACCCCAGCAGACCUGUCCAUCCCCAGCGUGCACUCGAGCUCCAUGCCGGCCGCGCUGUCGCCAUCCACCAUUCCACAGCUGGGCUACGACGGCCACCCCGCCACGUCCCCCCUGCUCCCCGUGUCACUGCUGGGACCCAAACACGAACUGGAACUGCCCCACCUCACCUCGGCCCUGCACCCCGUGCACCCCGACAUCAAACUGCAGAAACUCCCUUUUUAUGACUUGUUGGAUGAGCUGAUCAAACCCACCAGCCUCGCCUCAGAUAACAGCCAGAGAUUUCGGGAAACCUGCUUUGCCUUUGCCCUGACACCCCAGCAAGUGCAGCAGAUCAGCAGCUCCAUGGAUAUUUCUGGGACCAAAUGUGACUUCACAGUACAGGUCCAGCUAAGGUUUUGUUUAUCAGAAACCAGUUGUCCACAAGAAGAUCACUUCCCACCCAAUCUGUGUGUGAAAGUAAAUGGGAAACCAUGCAGCCUUCCUGGUUACCUGCCACCAACCAAAAAUGGAGUUGAACCAAAGCGCCCCAGCCGACCAAUCAACAUUACCUCACUCGUCCGCUUGUCCACCACGGUCCCCAACACCAUCGUGGUGUCCUGGACUGCAGAGAUUGGCAGAAACUAUUCCAUGGCAGUGUACCUGGUGAAGCAGCUCUCCUCCACGGUGCUGCUGCAGCGCUUGCGGGCCAAGGGAAUCCGGAACCCGGAUCACUCCAGAGCUCUCAUUAAAGAGAAGCUAACAGCUGAUCCAGACAGUGAAAUAGCAACAACCAGCUUGAGAGUGUCUCUUCUUUGUCCACUUGGCAAAAUGCGCCUGACCAUCCCCUGCAGGGCCCUGACCUGCUCCCACCUGCAGUGCUUUGAUGCCACUCUCUACAUCCAGAUGAAUGAGAAAAAACCAACCUGGGUGUGCCCUGUGUGUGACAAGAAAGCUCCCUACGAGCACCUCAUCAUCGAUGGGUUGUUCAUGGAAAUCCUGAAGUUUUGUACAGACUGUGAUGAAAUCCAGUUCAAGGAGGAUGGAUCCUGGGCCCCCAUGAGAUCCAAGAAGGAGGUGCAGGAGGUGACAGCAUCUUACAAUGGAGUUGAUGGAUGCAUCAGCUCCUCCCUGGACCACCAGGUGUCCUCUCACCAACAAUCCAACAAAAACAAGAAAGUGGAAGUGAUAGACCUGACCAUCGACAGCUCCUCUGAUGAGGAGGAGGAGGAGCCUUCAGCCAAGAGGAGCUGUCCCUCCAUAUCUCCAGCAUCACCAAUAAACAACAAGGGCAUUUUAAAUUUACCCCACCAAGCUUCUCCUGUGUCAAGAACCCCAAGCCUUCCUGCUGUGGACACCAGCUACAUCAACACAUCCCUCAUCCAGGACUACAGGCACCCAUUCCACAUGACACCCAUGCCUUAUGACCUGCAAGGUUUAGAUUUCUUCCCUUUCCUGUCAGGUGACAAUCAGCAUUACAACACCUCCCUCCUCGCCGCCGCCGCCGCCGCCGUCUCCGCCUCGGACGAUCAGGAACUUUUACACUCCAGAUUUUUCCCUUACACCUCAUCCCAAAUGUUCCUGGAUCAGCUGAACGCAGGAGGGAGCAGCUCCCUGCCAGCCACAAAUGGCAGCAACAGUGGCAGCAACAGCAGCUUGGUUUCCUCCAACAGCCUUCGAGAGAACCACGGGCACCCCGUGCCCAGCAGGAGCAGCACAGACACAGCCUCAAUCUUUGGUAUCAUACCAGAUAUUAUCUCAUUGGACUGAUUCUUUUUU